CCUCACGUACCUUAGAUGGAUGAAUCUCGCAAUAAUGUAAUACUACGGGGUAUUAAUUCUUAUCUUUUUAAUAUUAGUAUAUUACACGGUAUUAUUUUUUAUCUUGACCGCGUUUAGUAACAUUUCGAAUUAUAUUGUAGUUAUUUGGCGACGAGAAAAUGCUAUCAGGCACUGACGUGGCACUUUCUUGCACCGCAAACGCACGCAAUCAUUGGACGUUGCUCCAAACUCUCCAUCCCCUAUAAAUUAAUUACUAAUUAAAUGCACCAAUGAAAUAAUCCAUUAUGAUCGCCACCCCAGCGCGUGGCCCUCGUUCGGCGAAGUGCUGGAAACAUGGACGGCAGAUAUGUUGCCGCACGUAAAUUUCUAUGGGGCAGGUUUUAUGGACACGUCAGCGUCCGGUGGUGCGACGGAUAAAAUAAUCCGGUCCACUCGAAGGAAGGGGAUUCCAGCCGGGUCUAAUGAUUGGGGGCGUGUGGGGCCCACGAUCGACGGACCUGAUCUUCCUCGAAAUAUGGUCUCCAGAUCUGGGCGGUCGAUGAUUUCGCGGAAUCCAAGGACGCACGGCGGAUCGGACGGCUAUAUAUGGAAGGGGCCGACGAACGCAGGACGGGCGAGUUCCCUAAUUAAAACCGCUUCCUCCCUGGUUCACGUCACCUCCUCUUCCUCCUCCUCAUUUUUCUCUUCCGUUUCUCUCCUUCUCUUUAUAUUUCUCUCUUUGGGCGUUUUGGGGGGAGGGGGAGCCGGCGAUCGCCGACGAAGACCGCGGGGGAGGCGUGGAUGUGCUGAGCCGCCGGAUCUCGGGCGGAGGAGGGGCUUCGGUUGCCGUAUUUGGUUUCAGUUCGAAUAUUGGGGUUCGCCCUGAUAAGUUUUCGUUACUUUUUAGGAGUUUGUCCCCGGAUAAAAUCCUUCAAGGGUUAGAGUUCUUUCUAUCUUUUGCUCUUUUAUGUUUGACUUAGAUUUUUUUUUGUUUUAUUUUAUUUGACUCGGUAGAAGAGCAGGGGAAAAAGGAGGGUUUUGUCUUGUUUGGUAUUAUUUCUGGUUUCCUUCGGGGUAUUAUUUUCUUCUUCAUUUCGUUUAUCGUGGAAUUUUUUGAUGGUUAUAUGGAGAUGAUCUUGUUUUAUGUGAUUUAAGGGGGUCGUUUUUUGGAUAGAAAAAGGUUACUUCGAUUCAUUUGGGGAGGAAAGUUUGGUUUUUUAUCUCGGGAUUGCAUUCGAUUGGUUGCUGAUUUUGAUUCUUUUUUCAUCAGAUUUAGAAACAUCGCUUUUGUUCCAGAGUUUUUUUGAGGGAUCGAAUUCGAUUAUAAAGGGGGAUUCGAGGCGUGGCUGGGCAAAGGCGAGGUUUUUUUCUGAGGGAAAAUGGCAGUAGCUUUUACCCGUAUUUCUUACUGGCUUUGGGGCGGUACAGAUCAUGAAGCCCAGAAUAAUUCUUCUCUGAGUCCUCCGGAUUUCCCAUCGGGGUUUAGGGAGCCGGAUUCCUUGAAAUUCCCAUCCGUUAACGGGUCUAAGAUGCGGUCUUCGUCGAGAAGAAUUAAGAGGAAGUGGCAUAGCCGGGAAGAGAGGAGGAUUGACAGGGAGUACGAUAUUGUCCUCGUCCCCUCGGAUGGGGGAUGCAUGUCCGGUUCUGAAUCGGAUGAUUCGGAUUGGUCGAUUGGAUGGUUGGAACCCCAUGCACCUGACUUCCAGAGUGAGAGCGAAACAGAGAACAGCUUUGCUGUCCUGGUCCCGUGCUAUGGGCGUGGUCGCUGUGAGCAGCCAGAGAGGUUGAAGACUCAUGUCCUGGGUGCAGGUGACCUCAUGGAUGGCAAAGAAUGGUGUUUCCAUAGUGUUGCUUGCAACGUCUACCUGGAACAACUCUCAAGGUCUGUUGUGAAUGGUGUCACGCCCCAGUUAAAACUAUUGUUUCCACUGGUGAUAAAUCUAAACACCAAGGGGCAGAAAGAGGAAGUAACCUUCUUUAUUUAUAUCCAAUGUUUGCAGUUUUUCCUGGCGAAAGUUUUUAUCUGUUUGUUAAAUUGGAGUUUCCUCACCUUGCAAGGACUCCAGCUACUGAUGAUAUGCUUUGUCCCAUCUGCCAAAGAAAAAUCUUCAUCAGCUUAAUGUAAGUUAUGAUACUAGUCAAGAUAUUGCUGUUGAGCUAGUCUAGUGCAAAACAUUCACUUUAUCAAUUUGCCUAUACAGAGUGCCCAACUUGAUGCAUGGAGCUGGCUGUACAAAAUUGGGAUAAGGCUUGUUGAUUAUGAAAGGAAUUCUUAACAUUAUUACUCAAUUAUCUUUUCUUGAAUCAGCAAAAUAUAUUAUUUUUCCACCUUCUUCUUCUUCUUCUUUUUCGGUAGAGUUAUAGGUUGUAUGAGCUUAAACUGUGACUAGUAAGGUAGAAGACUGCCACCAACUGGCUUUACACAGGCACGCACACACAUAUUAUGAAAAGCGCCUUUUGUGCUUAAAUAUGCCUUAGCAUGAAACCUGUAACGAUAUCACAGAAGGUUUGAUGUAGGUAGAAAGCUGGUUGUAAACUUAGCUGAAUCUUUCCAUGGGGCCUUUCAAGGUUUGAGCGGUGCUCUAUGGCCAACCUUGUAUGCAUGGAGGCGCUCAUACAAAUAUAUCUGAAUAUUUUGUGUUGAUAAGCAUGAUUGUGUGUGCAGAUCAACUUUGGUAGAUCUAUUAGCAUCAUAGAUUUGGGUCAAUUCUAGUGGAGGAGCAUGGAGCACUUGUGGGCCUUCCAAUAUUUAACAAUAUAUUUGUGGCAAAGAAAUUCAAUCUGAUAAAUGUUUUUUGGGGUCAGAAAACUCAUAAUAUUUGAUAAGAGUUUCAGAUUCCAUUUUUCCAGCACAUUCUGGGUGUGAAAAUGCAAGAUCCAGAUUACUGAUACCCUAUGUUGACCUUGCCAUAUGGAGUUUCCUCUGUUCGGCCUUUAUGUUUCUUUGUGACGGUAAUUUUGUACUAUAGACGUCAGUUUAUCUGUUUUUAGACGUGUUAUAAUUUUUACACAAUGUGAGACUGGUCAUGGACUAGCAUUGUUUCCAUCAUUAGUUUCUUUUGGCUACUGCAUUUCUUUCUCUGAACUGCUGCAUGUGAUGUUUUGAGUCUAUUUGUAAUGAUUUAGUUUUCAUGGUAAAGGGAUAUUUCUUCUUGGUGUAUCAAACUGGGCAAAAAUAAUAGAUGAAAUAGUGAUCAAUUUUUAACUGUUUACAUAUUUUAGUGGUUGAUACUUGAAAUUUUUUGCUUGAUUUUGCUGCUAGCUGCAAAUCAUUGUUUUGUUAAUUUGAUAUAGGACUUUUUAUAUAAUUUGUCCUUCAGUGCAGGUCGGAUGCAUCUAUAACAAAUGCUUGAACAAUAUGAGAUUGAUGUAGUUUUAUUAUGUAGAAAAGUUGUUUUCCAAUGCUUUAUCAAAUUUUAUUUGCAGAUGGCAAGAAUUACAUAGAACAGUGGCUCUCAUCUCUUCAGAACUCCUGAUCUCAUGGACAAACUGAUUGUUUAGCUUGGCCUUCUAUAAACAUGCGUUCUUUAUCUUUCAAAUAUCCUAUGCUUUUACUACAUCAUUAAAAAGGGAAAAGGAUGAAAACAAAAAACUGGAUAAGAGAAGGGAAAAAAAAAGAAAAAAAAACAGAGAGAGAAAUGGGGUGGUUUGAAAUUCCAGCUGGAUUAUUGUUGUGAAGAUGCUGAAGCGAACUGCUUGGUUGAUAAGCAUUGAAAGUUCUGCACAUUUUUGAUUGGGGAUUAUUGAAGUGGCUAAUUGCUUACAUUGUUUAACCCCUCGCCUUCUGCCUCCCAUUAGGGAUUUGUUUCAUUUUGGGUAUGUACAUAUGUAUAUAUAAUUCUUCUGUAAAUAUCACUGUAAAUAAGAAACCAUCCUCGACGAAUUUUUGCUGUAAAUAGUCUAUGUUUUAGAAAGGUCAAGCUUCCAGCACCUUGUAAGGCAGGUUUCUAUGUUUAAUGCUAUAUACUUUUAUAUAAUCUCCUGUUAUUCUU